GAAAUCAAUGACGGCUUUCGUCCUGUAUCUUCUUCAAGUGAUAUCUCCGAUGACCUGCCCCCUUUCUUCAAGCACAUUUCGCCCUCCGUCCAAACUGCACCCGACGGCCCCGGUGCCGAAGAGCAUUUUGGGCGUACUGAUAUGCCUUUCAGACCUUCCGCUUCCAUGUCAGGCAGUCCAUUUCGCCUCGUGAGAACCGGCAUUGACACUGGUCUUGAUAACGGCAGCGGCCACUUUGACAACGACUCAGGCGGUACAGCAUGGCGGCCUUUGGUGGCCAAGUCCAGUGGAAAGGAUGAUGAAGAAUGGUUGGGAGGUUCCAACAUUCCGGACCUCCAGCCAGUGUUGCGAGAUAUGACGGCACUUGCCAACAUAGAUUGCUCGAGUACACGCAAGUUAUUCAUGCGAAAGUCGACUCGCUGCCAUGAUCGUAGCGAUGAUGUUUUGUCGUUUGGGUUCUCAACACUAGUCUGGAUCGAUCGCAUGUCAAAAACCUGGUUUAGGGCCGAAAAAGUGGUUUAG